AAACUGUUAACUGCACGUGGACGAAGCAAUGGUCUCAUAAUACUGAAAACUUAAAACUGAAAAGAAGACAGAUUCAGUUAUGCAGGGAGCAUACUGACUACAGGUUUUGUUUGGACUACUGACAUCUUCCACGCUGCUUUUGGUAGAAUACCAGUGAAGGGAAACUUGGCUUGAAACCACCUACUGUUCGUUGGCUCAGAUAAAGCAUAAUUUAUCUUGCAGAUUAACAGAAUAUCAACUCUAAGAUCCUGAAAAUGGAGUGGGGAGGAGAGUAUUCUCUUGAUUCUUCCAAUUUAGACUGCUUGUUAAAUGCUCUUCCUGGAGAACUGGAGUUUCAACAAGUCCUUAAUGAUAUUGAUGAAAAAAUAAAGAAGAAUUCUGCUAGUGUGGAACAGUGUCUUAAGGAGCUACAAUCAGAAAUAAAUGAAAUAUGUACUGAUGAACUACUACAGGACACAACUGAAUGUCUUCAGUGGCUAAGUAACUGCAAUUUUAGUUCUCUCAAGCCUUCUACUACACACCAUGGAGAGCUGCUGGAGUUCCUUAGGACCCUGCAAACCUUACUCACGAAUGAACAAAAUCAAGAAGAAAUGAUACUUCACUUCCUUCUGGAUCUCUCUAGUCAAUGUGGUGUCUCGUUUCCCUGUACUCCAAGUGGGACAUCUUUUGAGUUUACGUCUUCUCUUCAUGCCAUUGAGGAUAAUUCAACCAUGGAUGUUACAUCUCUUUGGGACGAUGUGCGAUUACAUCUCCGUCGAUUUUUAGUUAACAGACUGCAAAGUCAAGGUCAAGCAGAAAGUAACGCUUUACAACAACAAAUGCAGUUCAAAACACAGUGCAUACAGCAGCUUUUGUUUCUUUAUCCUGAAUCAGAAGUCCUAAGCAGAUAUCAAAAUAUGCAGAAUAAGCUAGUCAGUGAUCUUCUACAGAACUGUCUUCUGUCUAGCUGUGGUGAGACAAAUUUUGAUAAGGUGGUUCAUGGUUACCAAAAUUCCAUACCUACAUUGUGCACAAUGAUAAAAGAGGACUUGUACAUACUAAGUGGAGCUAUUGAUCCUUCCUCAUCGCUGAAGUUUAUUAAUGAAACUUAUCUUGAUACCAUCACUGAAGAAAUGACAGUUCUUCUUGAAAGGCUUUGUGAGCUGCAGUUCAAAGAAAAUGCUCUACCUGUAGCUAAGGCAAGCAAGAUUUCAAAGAAGCAUAGAGGAACAGUUCAUGCUGUGGCCUCCCAAGAGUCCCCCAAAAAAGGAAGGAGCUUCUGUUUAACGUUGUACCAGCUCAAAUGUCUCUCUCAACUUGUUAAACUAUUUUUAUCAAUGGAAGAAAAAAUUGAAGAACUCUCUGCAGAAAUUCUGUUGGUGCCUUCAUUUGCCGAGAAGAAUGUUCAAGGAGUUCUGAAGAAAGCUGGUGGGGAGCUUUUAAUAGGAGAAACUAGAGCAAAUGAAACCAGUGUGCUUCCUGAACAGUUACUUCAGGUAAAAGAGCCUAUUUCGCUGGAUUUUGGCUGGAGGAAUGCAUUUAAAGACCUGUCCUCUUCUGUGGCUCACUGUAUAACAAUAGCAAUUGAGGAUUUUUCAACUAAAAUUCUUCAACAUGAGCAGAAAGAGCAGUCUUCAGCUGCAGGCUAUGCAAUGAGUCUUGUAAACAACCAGCAAAUGAGGGAGUCCUGGGGAGCAGUCCAACAAGAGGAGCAACCAAAACGAAUUGCUAAGUUUUGUUCUGACAUCAUGGAAGAACUUGACACAUUGCUUCCAUUGGCUCUGGCAUGCAAAGAUGAUUCUCUUCAGGAAAUUAGAACAAACUUUGUAGAGGCCUGCAGCAAAGUAGCAACAGCUGUCCUGGCAAGGCUGGAGGAGAAAAGCAAAGAUGUUCCCUCCAAAGCUCCCCUGCAAAACUUGUAUGCUGCUCUUUCCACAGCGAUACAUGUCUGCCAGCAUUUUGCAACGUAUAGCAAUUUAAUGAGAGAAACCAGCAAAAACCCCCUGUUCCUAGGGCCUGUCCAACAAUAUCAGGAAUUCAUCAACAUUCUCCAGUUUCAAGUUACGGACUACUGCGUCAGAGUUUGUGCUACAAGCAUCUUGCAGGAUGCCGAGAGCCACCACUGGGAUGACUACAAAGCUUUUUAUGAGGGGGAAAGAUGUUCGUUCUCUGUCCAGAUGUGGCAUUACUUCUGCUGUGCUCUUCGACAUGAUCUAUGGACUAUUCUGCCUCCCAAGUUAGCCCAGGAGAUUCUUACAGAAGUACUGGAGCAAUCCUUGGCUGUGCUGUCCUCCAGAUAUUCUCAGGCCUGUCCCAGUUACAAGAGAACUCCACAAAUCAGAUUUGAUAUUGCAGCAAUUUUGUUGUCUACUGAAAAUAUGCUCUGGUCAGUUUGCAGCUCUGUACAGGAAUUUCUGAAUCCACAUAAAGACAGAGAUGUCAAGAUUUAUCAAAUACAUAACCACUGCAACUCUCUACUCUCUGUACUAGCUAUUUUAACUUCACCACUGAAGAAUUUGUAUGAGGCAUUUUUGAACAAUUCUGGUGAGCCUCCUUCUCAAGACUUUUCAGAAGAAAUCUUUAAUUAUCCAUUACACUGGUUAUCUUGCAUGCCAUCAUCCUCUUCUUCCUUACUUAAGACUCCAUCGGUCAGCGAAAUGGCAGCCCAGGGUCAGCUGAAACUGCUCUUAUCCCAACCAUACUGUAAUUUGAACUUGCUUUUGGAAACAUUGCUACAUCAUGAUUGUCUCCUAGUGAGAAUCUUAUUGAGGAGUUCAAGAAAUGAAGUGCUGAAUUCUGAUGAACAAAGUUCUUUCUUAGAACAGAAACCAAGUACCAAAGAGCCUACCCUGAUUGAAGCAAUCUUCACCGUGUUGUCUUCCUGUGUUUUGUCACCUAAAUCACUUGGUAUUGCUUUUGAGACCUACAUGGAAAAGGAGCAUCUGUGGGAUUCCUUGUGUAAUAUGACAGUUUCCAGUUGUGGCAACUCAGAGCCAGAGAUUAUCAAACACUUGAAGACGACUUUGAUUAAUUCAGUUAAGGGAGUAGUGAGGCAGAUAAUUUCUCUGAUGCAUUCAUGGGAGGCAACAGAAAACUAUGGAACAUAUCAGCACAAGCAAAUAGUUCCUGAAAGUUUACUGAAAACUGUUCCAAAGGAAUGGAAUUAUACACCUCGAGAAAUGAAGAGAAAAGAAUCUGGAAAAUGCUUCACAAGGCUUGCAGCUCAGGCAGUAUCUAUUGUAAUCAGCAAGUUACCUACAGUGAUUGCAUGUUUGCCUCCCCCAAUUAAGUACUUCUUUUUUCUGGCUGAGAGAAAAAUGUCAAGAAACUUUGUUGAAUUGAAGAAAGCUGGUCUGCUUGUCUGGAACUUGAUUGUAAUUAUAUGUCGGAUAUUUGAGGAUGGAAAUACUGCAGAACUUUUAACAGGUGCAACACUUGACAGAUGGAGCAAAGAAAAACUCGGUUUAGUUCGUGUGUGCUUAGAAAGUAUUAUGGGAAAACAGAAAAGUGGUCCUAGACAAGUGACCCAGAAGGUUAUACAGAGCAUUGAAAAACAAAGACCAAACUGGAUUGAAAGCCAGUUGCUGAAAGCUAAAAAAUUGAUCACAGACUGCACCUCAGUUGCAGUGGAAGAUGCACCGUUAGAGGGAGGAGGUGCUGCACUUGAAUUCACUGAGCAGAAAAUAAACAUGAUGGUCCUGGAUAUCUGCCACAAACCAGGUGGCAGCGAGUACCUGAGGCAAAUUUAUCACAUCAUCCGGCUCAAUGAGGAUUAUUUGAAGGAACAGCUAUCCUGUGCGAAUUGCUCUGAAGAGAGCGGUACCUCUGACGAGUGUUUGCCUUUGAUACUGAAGGGCAAGGAAGAGCAGCUUGUCUUCAACCCUUUCCAGGUGCACAGCCAAUAUUGUGCAAAAGUGCUCAGUCAGUCAGCCAUUACUGAAUGGAACUGGGAUUGGUCAAACUUGCUGCCAAGUUAUUUGGGACCGAAUCAGAUGACCUUCAGGGUGCUGCUGGCACACAGGUAUUUUCUUGUCAUUGUUUCCUUGCAUUUUAAAUGAUAUCUUAAGACCUCAAAUCCUGGCGGUGGGAGAUUUCAAGAGCCUACUAAACUUGGGUUCACCAGCUCUCCAUGCUCCGUAAUUAAAAAUGGCUGUGGGCAUUUUUCACCCUUGGAGAUUUACCAACUGCUGCAGCGAUGGCAGAAGGAUUCCUUCACCUGCUUUUAUAUGGAAUAACCAAAUAGUGGAGCAGCAUGAAGUGGGAGAUGAGGGAAGGUGCAGACCUUGAAGAUGAUGAGAAAGCCAUGGUGGAACACUUAAAAAAUAUUUGCUUCGCCCAGAACACUCCUGCUUCAGAGGAUAAAGAAUAAUUAACAGAUUUCGGACAGCACCUUUUUCUGAAUUCUACAUGAUUAACUUAAUAGUUAUAGUUAUAAGUGACAGGAUUAUAAAGCUUAGGAAUAAAUAUCGUGAGUAGGAGCUUUAGACUAAAGACGUUCCCCUGUUACUGCCUCACUGCCCCAUCCGAGCCCCAACUGCUACCACACAUACAAGGCAAGGCACAAUAGGGGGAAAUGUGCGUGGCUCAGAAGGACUCAGGUGCACCUUCAUACCCUGAAGGCAGAAACCCAAAUGACAACCCCAGAACUGCUUUAAAAUUCUAGAACCUACAGCGGCUUCUAAAAAUGUUAUUACUGUGGACAAGUUCUAAGCAAAAAUUGCUGGUGUGUUUGUACCUACGAGAGCCACAGUCAGCCUGCAGCAAGGUAGUGUCAGAUUGGAGCUCAGGUGGGUUUUUUGCUGCCUUGGUGCUCAUGUUCUAGUUGGUAUUGACACUAAAUCAUCCCCAAAGUAUGAGAAGGAACAAGCAUCAGCUUGUUCCUUCAAGAGUUUCCCCUUAGUACAGGGUCGUUUAUGAGCUGCUCUGAGAAAAGAAGCAAAACUGCACUGGCCUUUAUUGUUCCCACAAAGGCAAAAUAUUCCUAACUCAACACCCUAUAAGCUGUGGCUUUAAAGAAGUUCCAGAUAACCCUUUCCUCUGCCUGAUGAAGGAUCCUGGCAAGAGCUCGUAGGGAUCUAAUGCAAGCAGCAGACAGACCCUUUCCUCUGCCACUGAGAUAAUCAUCUCAGAACACAAGGAAGUGGUGAAGGAUGGAAAACAAUUUUUUCUUGCUCUGUAUUUCAACUUUAAAAGAUUAGUUGUGGUUUUAAGGCUUAGAACCUAGCUACAGGGAUUGCCUAUGGCGGCGGGUGCAAAAUGCUGAUGAAUGAGGCACACGUGCUUCGAGUCACGCUGAUAAUGUGCCCAGGCCGGUGGAAGUUGGAGUACCGGGAAUAUUCUUUCCUAUUUUGUCAAAACCUAUUGUACCUAAUUAACUUCUUGUGUAGUCAUUUAAAGGGAAUUUCCCUUCAUGCGCUGAAACUGACUGAAAUGUUUUUUUGUGGAAAAGCUCCCCUUCUGGGAAACACUUCUGGGAAACACUGGGAAACACAAACUGAAUAGGAUGAACUUCGCAAGUGAAAUAAGGCAACCCAGGAUUGAAAAAACAAAAGUCACUUACUCUGAAAUGGGAAUGUCCACACGUGGAACGAUUCCAAACUGGUUAUUGUGCUUGAAAGUCACCAUGCACCUCAUUCUGGAAUAAUUUGUAAGCGGUUGUGUUUUUAAAAUACAUCUUCUUUACGCCCCUUCCCCCCUACCCCUCUGCCAGAUCAGCUCGGGAGUAACUCAUGGGGCAACACAAAGAUAGUUUUGUCUUUGCUUUUUUUAUAAGGAGUAUAUUUAUAAUCUUUACCCGUGUAAUGUCAACAAGACAGAACAAAAAGUUUGAAUAAAUCCUGAAUCUAUGUACCGUAUUGGGUGCUUUUCUUAUUCAAACAUAUGUCUUUAAAAGUGUAUGAAUACAAGCUAAUACGCAUUUGAAAUUGAGCUUGUCCCUAAAUCCUUGGUGAGAAAUAGGAGGGCUUGGACCAUUUGCAAUGUAAUGAUCCUAUUAUUUGACCUUCAGUAUAUAAAUAGUAAAAGCAAUAUGGCAAAAUCACUUAUAGUGAAUACAUACUUUUGCAACAUUCACAUUUGUUUAAUGAAAUUACAGUAAUAAUAAAAGUUGGAUAACUAAGACUGCUAAAUAGCAUACCAUUAAUU